GGAGAUAAGAUGUACAGAUCAUAGCAGUUUCGCUGUCUCUGAAUAUUCUUAUAUAGCUAACUAGAAAAAGCCUAGGAGGAGAAGUGGUCUCAUGGUUUUCUUAAUUGUGCAUCGCAUGUCACCAGCUGAACAAUGUUACGAGUAAUUACAUAAUGAAUUAUGAAAAAGAAAGGCUCGUGGAAGUCAACUUGUAGCUGCUCUGGGCAUCUUUCGUAUGCAUAUAAAAACUAUGAACAACUGAUUAUCUCAAUUCUCAAGGACUAACAUCAAGUUAGACAUAUCGAAGUUUUGAAGGGCUGGAUCAGAUUCAGUCUCUAUUGCACAAUGUCAACUUCACAGUUUGCUUAAAGGAAACGCUCUCUUGCAUGCUGUUUUUCGCUGUGUUCGUUGGAAUGGUAAUUUUUUUCUCUCAUGAUGCUGUUGUUAUUGGCUUAUUGCAGACAAGCAGAGGCUACGAAUAAUGUCAAACUGUCAAUUGCCAAGCACUCAACCUAACUAGCUGUUCCUUAGCCCUUGACUUAUCUCUCUCUUUGUCGCCCACAAACUUAUCAUCUUUGAGAAACUCUUCACACGCCAUUGCAGCUUGCUUCCUUUUGUUAAGCGGAAUCCUGGGCGAUGAAAGUGACUGCGGACUAAUUACUUUUAGCAAAGGUUGUCAACUAUGCUCGGUCUCUCCGUGCCUGCUGGAGCACGACGCAUGUACAGUUAACGGGCUAGGAAUAACACAGCCCAUUUAGAUAUGGGUCGUCUAGCCAUGUCGUGUUUGGGCUGCUAUCCGGGCCAACGUGCCAACACGACAACGACAAGCGCAUGUAACGACUAGCGACGACUCAGCACGACAUCGCCUAGAAAAGGCACGACACGGGCACGAUAGCGACCGGCGAUUACCGAAUAGCCGCCGGUCGAGCAACUGCCAACCAUGGUGGGCGCGACGUUAGGACUGCGCAGCAGCGUGGUGGCGGCGGCGACCCCAUUGACGAGCUAUUCUGAUUUCCUGUCGUGGGCUGUGUGCCUGUGUCGACUAGCACGGACCCCAAAGAGGUGGCUCCUGUCGCUCUCGCCGCCGUCCGUUAGCGUUAGCCCCCGCGAUGCCGCCCAAUUAGCCCCCAAGACGGCGACGAUGACCUCGAACAACGCCGCCGCCGUCGGAAUUUCCUCGAGCGCGUCCGGCAGCGUGGCGGAAGGAGUGCCUGCCGCCCGCCGCCCGCCGCGGUGGCGCCCAUGCUCGUCGACGCGGCGGAGCCCGUCGACCCCGUCUCGGUGCAGGCGGUGGCGGCGCACGUCCCUCCCGCCGCUGUGUCCGCCUUGCCCAUGGGCCAGUUCCACGACUAGCCGGGCUCAAACAGAACAUAGCACGGACGCAGCAUCCGACUACAAGUCGGAAAAGACGCGAGCCUAAGUCGAAUCGGAACUGUAAUUACUCUUUGAUUGGCCAUUAUUAAAAAAAUAGUUUGGGAUUAGAGGAGAUUAAACCCAAGUUAAAUUAUUAGUAGCUCAACGCUAUGAAGCGAAAGAGUUCGAUAGUAGCGCGUAAGGACGCAAAGAAGGUGCAGUCGUGGGCGACUGUCACGACGUCGCUCGCGAGGUUCAGGGAAGAGGUGGCUCCUGGCUUCUUGUCGCUCUCGCCGUCGUCCGUCAGCCCCGGCGACGCUGCCGCCCAAUUAGCCCCCCAGACGACGACGAUAACGACCUCGAACAGCGCCGCCGCCGUUGGAAAUUCCACGAGCGCAUCCGGUACCACGGCGGAAGUGUCCGCCGCGGGGGAGCCCAUGCUCAUCGACGCGGCUGCACCGAUUGCAGCGGAGCCCAUCGACGCCGUCCCGUUGCAGGCGGUGGCGGCGCACGUCCCUCGCGCCGCCGUGCCGCAAAGAGUAGAUGAUGACGAUGCCGCUCCCCCGCCGCCGGCGUGGAUACGCGGCGAGCUGCUGCCGCUACUAGGCCUACGCGGCGACCUGCCGCUGCACUUCAUCUGCAGGAAGCGAGUGGAGGCUUCCGACCUGUCGGCGCAGCAGAGCCGCUUCCUCAUCCCGCAAGCCGCCGCCAGCCUCCGCCUCUGUCCGCUCCUCUCAGCGGCGGAGCGCGAGGCCGCCAAGCUGGUGGAGGAGUUCUUGCACAAGAAAAAGAAAUCGCCAGAACCAAAGCCGAGGGAGAAGGGGGAGAAGAGCCCCGGGCUCGCCGUGCGCGUGGUCGUCUACCGUGCAUCCCCGCUCGACGUGAUGGCCAUGGAGUUGACCAGGAGGCUCUCCAAUUGCCACACCAUAAUCCGGCAAAAAGAAACCACAAGGCUCGUCGACCGCGGCGUCCAGGUGAAGGACGACGUCGCCGUGUGGGCGUUCCGGCCAGACCCCAACAGUGCUCUGCACUUCGUGAUCGCCAACACCGCCGCCCAGCAGCAGCAGCCACCGCCGGCAGCAGCACCGAACGCGUUGCCGCAAUAGCAAAAGCCAAAGCAUCGACGCAGCUCCAGAAGUGAUAAUCAGAAAGUAGCAUCAGCAAAGGUCAAGAUGAUAGAUACUAAUCUUAGAAAUCAGAACGGUGACCUGUUAGGUCUCAAGAAGAGUUACAAGGAAGACUGCACUUGGGCACAUAUAAUAACUCGGCUAUCAAAACAAAGCACAAAUCAUUCUUGUCUGACGAACACACGCGAACAUGUUAAAAA